CAGUUUUUGAUUGAUUUCUUUCCAACAGGAAUGACCCAAUAGAAAGACAAGAAUAUACUUGAAAAGAAAAGGAAUAGUGGAGUGCGAGUGUGGACUGAAGUGACGAGUAACGAAGGAGACUUCGGAGGAAAUCUGAAAUUCGUUGAGCUUGUCAAAACAAGUGGAAAGAUUUAUAAAGAUUUAUAAAAAAAAUGAGCGACGAAUCGUCGCCGUUGGCAACCUUGAAAACACGCCGCAUUCCAUCGUCGGGUCGAAAGCCGAAUUUUUUGGCAUUCCUGGUGACGAUCGUCGGGAUUUCCGUGCUUUGUUUGCCCUGUGUGACGUCAAAUUCGACGCCGAAAGUUGAUUACAAGGUGAAAUGCGGACCGGAGUCGAUGCAAGUGGACGUGGUGAAGGCCAAGGACGUGUCUGACGUGUUUCUGGACAAGUUCCACGUGAUUCCAGAUUGUCAGCCCGUGGUUGACGGAAGGAAAGUGACUUUCAAGUUCGACUUUGCAGCGAAGCAACCUUGCGGACUCACCAAAGUAUUCAACGGUUACACUGGUCGGACGUUAUAUUACCAUAAAAUCGUUGUUCAGCGGAUAGAUAAGAAGAAAAGUGAAGGGAAAGAUGAAGUCAAGAAGGAGUUGCUGAGUGUCAAGUGCGACUUUGACAGCGGGGCUUCGUCAUCAGGUCGACAUCGACGUCAAGCGUUGCCAGCUGGCUUUAGAGAGCCUGAGAUCAUAGAGCUGACGGGUAACAUUACCGGCGAAGCCCCAGUCCCGGAACUGAGCGUGUCCGUGACGCAGAACGGGUUGCCAGUGGGUAACGAGCUGACGGUGCGACCCGGGAGCCCGUUGGUCAUGUCAGUCGGGUUAGACUCCACGUCUGCGCCCACUUAUGGCAUCAAGGUGUCCGAACUGGGCGUGAGCGACACCCGGGACAAGUCUGAGAUCAUCGUCUUUGGAGGGUGUUCGGUGGACACGCACUUGUUCGAGAACUUCGUCACAGAAGGUGGAGACGCAGUGACUGCCAGGUUCCGGGCUUUCAAGUUCCCAGAAAGCACCUACGUGGAGUUCUUGGGCGUGGUUGACGUUUGCCUCAACCUCUGCGAUGGCAGCGUGUGCAGUAAUCGGCAGGUCGCCUUCGGGAAACGUCGGCGUCGUGCAGCAAGUGCUGACCUGUCUCCAUUCGUGUACCAGGUCACCAUGAGCACACUCAUUUCGGUCGCCGACGCGGACGGAAUCGGCCUUCAUCGCAGUGCUUUGGCAGCGACUUACGAGGACCCGGAAGCAGCAGCUCUGGGCGUGGGAAGCGUGCAACCGCUGGAGCCGGCGUCGCAGACCAAAGCCAGCGAAUCGGCUCCGGAACCGGAACCAGAAGUCGUGAUUGCUGCGGAAGAGAGCUCGAGUGCGGACCUGAAAGCUGGCAACACUGCGAUACGACCAACGAACGUUUGGUCCCUCAUUCUGCCCGUGAUACUGGUGCUAGCGAGAAGGGUGUAAUCAUGGAUCGACUCAUUGAUGAUGGGAGUGGUGUGAAUGAAGGGAUGAUAUGGUUUUGGCACUGGGGAAAAUUGGCGUGAACAGGUGAAAUUCCGCUAUAAUUAAUUAUUAAUUCACUAGGAAAACAGUUAUCGAAGAUCCUGGCAGGAAAAACAAAAUGAAUUAAUCAGGGUUUUCAUCAGAAGUACAGUAUUAGAAAACUGUUCUGAAUAAUUUCUUGUUCUGCUUCCAGCAAAGUAAGGGACUGAAUGGUCUGGCACUGAGAAACUCAUUUAUAAAUGUUAAAUCCCGCUAUAACGGAUUACUGUAUUCAUUCUUCAUGAAAAAAAAGGUUCUCGAAGAUCCUGGUAGAAAAAAAAAAGAAUUACUCGGGGUUUUUUUCACAGUUACGGCAUCAGGAUUUUUUUUCUCUCAAUAAUUUCUUGUACUGUACUGCAUUCAACGUUGGAAGAGAAAAAUAAUAUUCCAACAAAAAUUAUUUAAUGGGAAAAUCAUGUAGGGACGGUUUCUUUUGAGGAAACACUGUUGCUUCUGCUAAAAGUCCUUUUUUCCGGUGUAAAUGUGAGACUUUAUUAUUUUCCUUGAUAAUGUUUUUAUUUUAAAUGGUCAGAAAAAAAUUAACAUUGAAAGAAUUCCAUCCCUUAUUUCAUGAAUCAAGUCCCCAUUUCUUAACGUGAUCAUCUCAUAACAAAUGUUUGUCUUGCGGAAUUUUUGAGGGUCCCUGGAAGUUCAUUGCAACAACAUUUUACAGUUCAUGUUGAAAAAUGUUCUCCUCUUUAAAUGAUAGAAACAGUAAGAUCGCAGUACAACAAAUUCCUGCAAGGACCUGCAUAAAAUGUGUUCUAUUGAAAAAUAUUCAAACGUCAAGACUUGAUUUUAGACUUGCAUAGGUCUGAAAUCUGGUCAUUUUAUUUUCUCUUUAGUCGUAUGAUUUCAAAUGUCUUAGUUGUGCUAAUAUUUCUCGCAGGCCUAAUUUCACUGAAAAUUAAAUGGGGAUGAGCAUUAAUUUGCAAUUUCUCAGCAACACACUGCUUGGCAUUUAAAAAUUCGCGCAAUUUGCUCUACCCUGCGUUAAAUAACAUUUCAUUAGUAAACAAAUGCAGUACAUCAGUUUAUGAAAAUGAGCAGUUACAGUAAGUCUUAUAAUAGAGUAAAUUAAGUAUGAGAACUUGCCUUAUUUUACGUAAAAUGGUUUGGAAGAAAUUAUUUGUGUCUUACAAUUUUUGAGUCACAUUUUCAGAAUGAAACUGCCAGUGAUUUUGACGCGCGCGGGGGGAAAAAGCUAGAAAAAUCUUUUCAAGAACGGUUGUACAUGUUUUUUUUUUUUUGGCUCUUAUACUUCAUUGAUGCGAGGAAGAUGUCGAAGAAAUCGCCAUUGAGCUUGCAAUGGCAUUGAAGAGUGUUUUAACUUUUUGAUACCGUCUUGUGCUUGCCGCGUCUAGUUAACAUUGAGUUGAGAGGAAAAAGAUUUUAGUCCGGGAAGAUUAACAAUGUGAUACUCACGGAUGAGUUUUUUGCUUGCUUGUUUGUGUGCGUGUGUGUACGUGGAUGAUUGCUUGCCUUGACCUGAGAGAGUUAAUAAUGAACCCGCUUUUUUGAAA